CGCUGGGGGGUGGUGCUGCUGCUGCCGCCUCCACGGACCCGGCAUCCCCAUCCCCAGACUGCUGCAUUGCGGCCCAGAUCACAUGCAGCCGCCGGGGAAAGUUUCCACCAGCGGUGCUGCUCUAAUGACAUGCCCAUACCAGCUGGCCUCACACGUGCUCGCGCAGUUUCUUCGCAACAUCAAGAUAGGCGCCUGAACAUCCAACUUGUCGGAAAAGGAAGGCAUCUACCGGUAACAGCGCGCUCGUCACACACUUUGACACCUCCAGAGGAGUGCACCGGUACGCCGCAGCACCGCUCUGUCUGGCGGCUGCUAGCCAAACGAUGACGUGACUCCGAACAACGUCUGACAUAUCCGUACAAGCGAAACAACCGCCAUCGCAUCCCGCCUGACCCGUCGCACCCACCACCACCAACAACAACAACAACAACAAACUCGAGAUCACGCGGAGCGACCAUGGACGAAUACACGGCCGACCUCUUUAUCUCGCGCGACGAUGUCUCCGAUCAUCAUCAGCCGCCUCCGACGGUGGUGGUUGACGAGUGGCAAGCCGACGCCAGCGAGACCACUCCGCCGUCCAAGAAGUCGGGCACUGGCCUGCGCUCGCGCAUCGCCAACAAUCUGGGCAAAGGACCAAGCAUCCAGGACCGCCUUGUCGAAAAGCUCCUACAGCAGGUCAUCCCCGAGAGCUCCGAUGGCCUCAGCAGCGGCGACGACCCCCUCGCGCCGGGAUUCCCCUCGGAUAAGACGUCCACCUUCUCCCAGCGGCCCAACUUCAACAUUACGGCCAUGUCCAACAACUUCCGCCGUUUCAACGCCCGCAUCGGCGUCGUGUUCAAGUUCCAGGCCCGCGUUGGCCGCCUGCUCAGCUGGCGCCGUCCAACCCACACACUCUCCCUCCUCGCCGUAUACACCUUCGUCUGCCUGGACCCGUAUCUCCUCACCGUGGUGCCACUCGCCGGGUUCCUGUUGGCCGUCUUCAUCCCCUCCUUCCUUGCCCGCCACCCCGCGCCGCCUUCGGGCACGCUGUCCUCGGAACAGUCCAUCGGCUACUCCCCCAGGGGCCCUCCCCUCGCCCCGGCCCGGACCGUAAAGCCCGUCAAGGAGCUCAGCAAGGACUUCUUCCGCAACAUGCGCGAUCUCCAGAACUCCAUGGACGACUUCUGCGUCGUCCACGACACCGUCGUCGGUAGCGUCCUCCCCAUCACCAACUUCUCCAACGAGGCCCUCUCGUCCGCCCUGUUCCUCGCCCUGACCCUCACCACCGUCCUCAUGACGACCUUCGCGUCCCUCCUGCCGUGGCGCCUCAUCGCCCUCGUCGCCGGCUGGGGCGUCAUCCUCUCGGGCCACCCGGCCAUCGCCCCGCUCCUGACGCACACCCACGACACCCAUGUCGCCCCGCACGAGGCCAAGGCCCGCUCGCGCCUCGACGCCUGGAUCGCCGACGACAUCAUCCUGGACUCGGCCCCGGAGACGCGCGAGGUGGAGAUAUUCGAGCUCCAGCGCGCCUCCCACGACGAGUGGGAGCCCUGGCUCUUCUCCCCGUCCCCCUACGACCCGCUCUCCCAGCAGCGCAUCGCCGGAGACCGGCCUCGCGGCACACGCUUCUUCGAGGACGUCCUCCCGCCCGACGGCUGGGUCUGGUCCGAGAAGAAGUGGGCGCUCGACCUCUGGAGUAGGGAGUGGGUCGAGGAGCGCAUCAUCACGGGCGUCGAGGUCGAGACCGAGGGCGAGCGCUGGGUCUACGACAUGUACGACGAGCACAGCGCCUCCCAGGGCGGCGUCGGCGUCGCGGACUCGCCGACCACCGGCAGAGCCAAGCCGAGGGCGCCCCAGGCGCCGACCCCCAGCUGGGAGGAGGGCGAGGACGGCACCGGCCGCCGGGGCGAGUGGAGGCGGCGGCGCUGGGUGCGGCUCGUCAAGAGGAGGGCCACGACGAGCUCUGCUUGAAAGCGCGCGUCGCCGUGCCGCUGUACGAUGAUUAGGAUUUAGUAAUGAGAAAUGACUCCCAACACGGUUGAAACGCGCCGGGACACUCGCUCCCACCUCUUGCGUGCGCAUCAUGUCGGCCCCGCGGCGGCUACGUCAGGUUGGUUCCAUUGAUGCUGCAAACCUCCAACCGGACAAAAACCCCGGAUGGGACGGUACCUAUUCACGAGUCUAUAUGUGUAUACGAAAACAUGCACACAUGACGCGGGUGACCGCGCCUGAAGGGGGUCCCCCCCCCCGGUAGCCGGUCCACGCAGUGACAUCAGCAAUCACCCCCCCCCCCCCCCC